ACAGAUCUGCUGCAGUCCCUGUGAUGACAGAGUGAACGGGCCUGUUUGGUGAGGCCCAGCUCUCUGCCCUCAGCCCCGCCCAGAUACCUGCUGGCUUUGAUAGGCAGCUCUCUGACAUGCAAGUCAUCAGUCAGGUGUGGCACUGCUCCCCGUAACACCGACCUGCACAGGGCCUGGCAUUUGGGGCUGUGAGUUCCAGCAGAAAGAUUAGUUUGGUAACUCUGUGUGGGACUGACAGAGAGGACGAGGAGCUCUGGCUGGACUGUCUCACAGCUAGCAACACAGUGCCAUGAUCCACAGCUCUCCCUGAAUCUCUCACCAUGCAAAACUUUCCUCAUCAUAUUGCACCCAUGGACCCUCAGCUGUGUCCACCUAUUGCGGGCAGCAGCCAGUCGGUCAUCAGCUGUCACGACAAGGCCCCAGCCAGCACUUUCAAACCGGGCCACUCCCGGAACAGCAGUACCGGUUCAUCCAAACAAUCCAAGCAGUCUCGUCACUGGGAGGUGAUGGAAGACUUGCAGAAUGUGGAUGCGUGCUCAGUUCCUGGUUCCUCUCUAGAUCUCAGUAUUCCUGGGAUCUGUGAGGGCUAUUUGAUGAAGAGGAGGAAGUACCCACUCAAAGGCUGGCACAAGAGAUACUUCCUAUUGGAAAAAGGAAUUCUCAAGUACUCAAAGACGCAACAAGAUAUCCAGAGAGGAAAGCUCCAUGGCUCUCUGGAUGUCAGCCUGGCCGUCAUGUCUGUGAACAAGAAGGCCAAGCGCAUAGACCUGGAUGCUGGAGACAACCUCUACCAUCUAAAGGCAAAGAGCAGUGACAUCUUCUACAUAUGGCUCACCAAACUGUGUGCUCACCGCGUUUUUCGGAAAAAUGAGGCAAUGACUGUUCAUCGUGGUGUCCUUCAUGCUCUUUCCUUUGGCCAGGGCACGCCAUCAGCCAUGGCCACGCUCGGCCAGCAGAACAGAGGAAUGCCUUCUCACUACACUAGCUCAACAUCUGUGUACCAUCCAGAGGGGGCUAGCGCCGCCCCCGUCUCCUCUUACCCCGGGGUGACCAGCAAGGUGUCGGCCUGGCUGCAGCAGACCCAUGACAUCGACGCUACCUCCAACGACCUGACCCGUUGUCAGGCAGAGCUGACAGAACUGGCUCAGCUCAUACAGAGGCUCUGCUGGCUGGAGGGAGGCCUGCCAAUCACAAACACAGACCUGGAGAUGCGAAUCAGCAUGCAGAACCUGUCUCUGGAGAAACCCAAAAAGAAGACGGGGAAAGUCUUGGGUCAUUCCAGGACUUUGUCCCGUGUUGAAGCCAUGGGGGGCAUGUUCACAUCUAGCCACCUGAGCACCAACUGUAACUCAGGUUUGGCAACAUCUGUUCAGUCCAUCCCAGACUACGUUUACUCCCAGUUGUCAAACCCUCAAGUAACAUCACCCGAGGCCAAGAAGCUCCAUCAGGACAUCUGCACUGUGUCUCAGAAGGUCCACGUCUCUCUGAAGUCCAUUCAUGAGGUUUUGACCUUGGAGCGAGAGCGGCUGAGGCAGGCCUGGACAGGCCCUGACCUGAGGCAGAGCACUUCCCACCAGCUUGCCACACUCUGCAGCACUUUGUCCGAGCUUGACAUACAGUCCCAUUUGACCAAAGUCCACUCAUUUUCCCUGUCCUCUGAUUCUACUGAGGAAUCCUUCUGCACUGUCCGUGCAAACCAGAGGACGCCCUCCCUGAGCCGCAACAGUCACCGUGCUCCUUCUGUGGCUGAAUCCAUGGCAGAGUAUUUUGAUGCCAGUGAGGUGAUAGUGUGUGAGACUUCCUCAGAAGCAGAGGCUUCAGAUGAGUCUGGCCUGAGUGACAUCACCACCACCAGUAACUCGGAGCCCGAGGAGGGACACUCCACUGCCACACUCCACUACAGGGCCAGUCUGAGGAGCACAACAGACAGAUCCAACGCUGUGCCCUCCGACACUGGCCGCCGCACCACCCUCCCUUCCCCCGGAUCAGACAACAGUCACAUUGGAAUUAUGACCAUCCUGUACAACAAUAUUGGAAAGGAUCUGUCCAGGGUCUCCAUGCCAGUUGCUCUGAAUGAACCUCUGUCUCUGCUUCAGAGACUGAGUGAGGAGCUGGAAUACUCUGAGCUGCUUGACAUUGCCAACCAAAUUGAUGAUCCAUAUGAAAGAAUGGUUUAUGUGGCAGUUUUCUCCAUCUCUGGUUAUGCCUGGGCAACCUGGAGAUAUCGCUAUAAACCCUUCAACCCGGUCCUAGGAGAAACGUAUGAGAAUCUGAGAGAGGACAGAGGCUUCCACUAUGUCAGCGAACAGGUCAGCCAUCACCCACCCAUCUCUGCCUGCCAUGCAAAUUCAGAAAAUUUCACUUUCUGGCAAGAUCAGAGAUGGAAGAACAAGUUUUGGGGGAAGUCAGUGGAGAUAAUCUCUUCUGGAUUGGUCAAUGUUACCCUCCCCAAGUAUGGUGAUCACUAUGAAUGGAACAAGGCAGUGACCUGCAUCCACAAUGUGCUGAGCCAGCAGCGCUGGUUGGAACAUUAUGGCGAGGUGGUCAUCAGAAACACCAAGAGUGAUGUGUGCACCUGCAAGAUAACCUUUGUCAAGUCUCGAUACUGGAGUUCAGACAACAGCAAGAACGAGGUGCAGGGUGUGGUUCUGGACCGUUCUGGAGAAGUGGUCCAUCGUUUUGGAGGCCUCUGGCAUGAAGGCAUAUUCUGUGACACGCUGCCAACACCCAAGUGCAUCUGGAAGCCCAAUGUACAGCCUGAAGAUCAGUUCCAGUUUUAUGGUUUCUCCCGUUAUGCCAGAGAACUGAAUGAACUGACUGCAGACCUGAAAGAGAUCCUUCCCCCGACAGACACACGAUUCAGACCAGACCAAAGGAUGCUAGAGGAAGGUAAAGUUACAGAAGCUGACAAGAGGAAGGAUCAAGUGGAGGAAAAGCAAAGGGAAAGAAGGAAGGAGAUGGCUAAAAGAGGAGAGGAGCAUGUCCCCCGAUUCUUCAACAAAGCUCUGGAUGAUGCUGGAAGAGAAGUGUGGCUGUAUAAUGGAACCUACUGGAAGCUGCGGAAAGAUCCAGGCUUUGCCAAGACUGAAAAUCUAAACUUGUGGUAGAACACUAUCCUUGUCGUCAUGGGCAAAUUAAGAGUAGAGAUUACUUAUUAGUGUGAUGAAGCUUAAAGAUUUUCUGUCCCCCUUAUGCAAACACAAAAUGUUCCCAGUAAUGAGACCGUAGGGCAUAGAAGCUUUUAGGAACAUGAAUGAACCUUGUGGUUAUACGACAUGCAUGCAUUUUCUAAUAGGAGGGGUGUGGUUGUAAGCUAUUAAGAGGUGACAUGUCACUUAGGAGCUAAUGAAAGUGGACUCCAAGAAAUGCUGGUCUUAUUCCUUCCAUUUGCAACCUUCUUUCUCAUUUAGGAACCUUUUUAGAAAGAUUCCCUUAUAAAGUCAAUGUUCAUUGAAAGCUUUACCCCACAUGACUCAUGAUCUUGUCUAUGGCUAUUGAAAAUAUGUCCAUAUACUUUAUGACCUCUCAUAUUGGAAUGAAUGAUGUCAUGUUACGCCGACAGUUUUAACAUGUCUGACUGGUGUAACCGCUCUGACGGAUAACUUGUGUGUCUAAGACUAACUUUAUGUGGAGAUGGGUUGCUGGGGGGAGGGUGUGUGUGUGUGUGUGUGUGUGUGAUGUAAGAGAACAGGAGCUGUUCAGCCUUCUAUCUUGGUAGGUCCUGUGGCAUAAACUUGUCAAAAUUGGUGUGUAAUAAAUUUCUAAUUUUUGGUUGAGGCACAUGGUGAUGCCAUGUUACUGUCUCUAUUUUAAAUAGGGACAGUUCCAUUAUUGCCCCAGUAAGCUUCCUUUUACUUGAAAGAGUUGCAAGACCCAAAUUGUCUGACUCCUAUUAUCUUGUUUGUUUUGUUCUCAAAUGUUGAGGCUUUUAUUGAUAUCAAAUAUGACUUUUUACAAAUGCAAAACAACUUGCCCCUUUUCCCUAAAAAUAAAAGUUUCCAUAAUCAUCUGUUUGGCCUGUGUUUUUCCCAAAGCUAGCACUCCAUUAAAAGGAUUAAAAAAUG